AUGACAACCAGCGGUGGGACCAACGCGUCAUCUCUUCCUCCGACGAGUCUCCCUCCACCGUCUGCAGUAACAUCUGCUAGUGAGACUGAUGGCAAUAAGGAGACCAAGGAGACGAAUGUGGGCGUGAUUGUCGGAUCUGUCUUCGCUGGGUUAGCUGUUACCAUCGUUGCCGGCGUCCUAAUUUGUCUGAGAAGGAGAAACGAGCGGCAAAGAAAGCUAUACGAGCUCCCUCCUUACGAUCAACCGUCGAUGCGAGCUAUCAGGCGCUACCCUGUGGCGUAUUCGGAACGUGGGACGGAUGUGACGAUCUCGCGAUAUGAUAUUCAUUCGGUAUCGACAGAUGACUCACCUGCUGUUAAUACCUCUGUUCGAGUUGCUGCAUCAAGGGUGUCACCUACUGAACAGUCGACAUCUGAUUCGCCUCCGCAGUACCAUCCUUUUCCUGAUCACGUUGUUUUCCAAGAGCCAAGAAAAGCUUAG